GCCGCUCCUCAGUCAGUCUCCUGCCGCGGUACAGACCACCAAUAAAAUGAAAAUAAUAGUGAAUGUUUUGUUUGCAAUUUCUGUGUGUAGUUUAACAGUUAGUGAUGUGAACUCUUUGAACAUUUUAGCCGUGAACCCGUAUCAAGGAAAGAGUCAUUAUUUUGUAUUUCAACCUUUGUUGCUCGAACUGGCGAAACGCGGACACGAUGUCACCUCCAUAUCGUAUUUUCCUCAGAAACAAGCAGUCAAAAACUUUACCGACAUAUCACUAGCCGGUUCAGUGAAAAUUUUGGAAGAUGUAUUUCCUAUUGAAAAGUCGUACUCCACUGUUUUAGCUAUGGCUACAUUUUUGGUUACCAGUGGUACGGAUAAUUGCAGAGUAUUGUUGCAAAAUAAAGAAGUGCAAAAACUAUGGAAAUCGAAAACAAAGUUUGACGUAAUAUUAGUUGAGCAGUUCCAAAGUGAUUGUGCCCUGGGAUUAGCAUAUGAGUUAGGAGCGCCGGUGGUUGGUCUGACUUCACAUACUCCGAUGACCUGGCAUUAUGACCGCUUUGGCAUGUCCCUCAACCCAUCAUAUGUUCCAUGUUUAUUCUUUGGAGGGGGAACUAAACCAACUCUGUACCAACGUAUUGAGGCUUUCUUCUUCAAUGCUUACUUCAAUACUUUAUACAAUUGGUAUGCUCAAAGAACCGAUCAGAAUACUUUGGCGCAAUAUUUCGAUGAUUUGCCUGCGUUGGAAGAGUUGGGAAGACAAAUGAAGUUCUACCUUACGUACAAGAACCCUAUCUUAUUUGGGUCGUCAUUAAUUCCUGAAAAUGUAAAAGAGGUUGCAGGUUAUCACGUUGCGGCAACAAAACCGUUAUCAGGCGACCUCAAGAAAUUCAUCGACGGGGCGGAGCACGGCGUGAUCUACAUCAGCUUCGGCUCGAUGUUACGGGCGACUUCCACUCCUCGUGAUAAGCUGGAAGCCAUCAUCAGUGCCGUUUCCGAGCUGCCCCAGAGGAUCGUGUUCAAGUGGGAAGAACCAAACCUCCCUGGAAACCCGACAAAUAUUUACGUCUCUAACUGGCUUCCACAGAACGACAUUUUAGCACACCCAAACGUGAUAGCUUUCUACUCCCAUUGUGGUCUAUUGGGCACAACAGAAGCCAUCCACCAUGGUGUGCCCGUUUUGGGCAUGCCAAUCUUUGGGGAUCAGCCUUCAAACGCAGCAGCAGUUGAAGAAAGCGGCCUUGGUGUUCGGAUCGAGAUUACGACCCUGACUAAGGAAGAAUUGCUUAGCAAGUUCAAAAUAAUUUUAGAUCCAGAAUUCAGGCGUAAAGUAAAACAAAUUUCUAAGGCAUGGCACGACCGCCCAAUGUCUGCUAUGGACACUGCUAUCUACUGGAUAGAAUACGCGGUCAGAAACAAAGAUUUCAACUUCCGCUCGCCCGCGGCUGAUUUGCCUCUCUACAAAUACUUUAACCUAGACGUUUUAGCUAUAUUUACAUUUAUAUUCUACGCUCUUAUUUAUGUUAUUAAAUAUGUGUUUAGUUUAAGGAAAACGCAAUCGAAUAAACAGAGUAAGAAAUCUAAGAAGGCGUAGUGUUGUGAAAUUUUCAUGUGCGUGUAAUUUAUUUAUUUAUGUAUUUUUGUGAAUGCAGUAGGUACAAAUGUUUAACUGUUUUAUAAGGGAUGAGGUGGAAUAUUUAGAUUAUUUGUGGUUUUCAUCACAGAAGGGUCCUUAUGCUUCAACUGCAGUAUGGAGUUUUUCGUCUGAAAUUCCAAAAUAACAGAAAUUCUGAUAAAACGGUCUUUAUUGCACAAGAAGCAUAUUAAGGACCCCUCUGCUGAAAAGCCCCAUUUUGAGGUGAUUUUGACAUUACGAGAUUAACCGCGUACGCGCGUUUAGCGCGUAGAUUUAUUUAUUUCGCCUAAAAUUUCAAACGAAGCGUCACUUUAUUAGUAUUGUCAACUGAUCCAUUAUUUAUUAUUACUUAAUUUAAUAUAGACAUUAAUUUAGUAGAAAUAUUGUUGAAAAAUAAACAGUAAAUAUUUAUUA